AUGGAGCGCUGCAACGAUUACAGAAACAGAAUGAUGAGAAGAUCGGUCAGGCAAUAUUUUCACUUCGUGUACUAUAAUCCGCGCUUGGUUUGCAGGAUUAUGUCUUGUUUGAACGUGAUAUUUUUUACGGCACUUAGCACGAUUUUGGUAUACAACAUAUUUUGCGCCACAUAUGUCAAACAGCAAUCGUCUUCUACUUUCAAGCCCAGUGAAGAUGAAGAAGAGUUGGAUUUGGAUUUACAAAUACCAGUCGAGUUGGUGUAUAAAAAUCAAGGUAAAGUGAUCACCAAAUCAAUGUUAAAUUUGAUUUUUACUGCUACGAUGCUUCUUGUCAACAUUCGUCUGCUAUUGGCAACGUAUAAUAGAAAUCUUUAUAGUAUUUCCAUUUGGUUGUUUGUACAUACAACGCAUAUGUUAUAUUCACUAUACGUCAAUUUGUGGGUCGGAGCAUCCAAAGAUUAUAAUUCGCUUAUAUAUCUUGCUAUGUUCAAUACUUUGCUUUAUCUUCUGUUCAUAUCUCUGGUGGCAUUGUUUUGGAUGGAAGAGCGUUGCAGCACGAGCAUUCCAAUGUGCACAAAGGAUAAAGCGGCCACAAGUCAGGAAAGCGUGGCUUAA